AUGCAGGAAGAGUCUAAACAAAGAAGAAUGACCAUGGAUUUUUCCCAACUGCACACAUACACGCCACCACAGUGUGCUCCGGAGAACACCGGCUAUACCUACUCCCUCAGCUCCAGCUACUCGACGGCCGCGUUGGAGUUUGAGAAGGAGCACCAGAUCGCUCCGGUGUACGAGUCGCCCAGGAUGUCGCGGCGGAGCCUGCGUCUGCAAGCACUUGCUGCUCACGGUAACGACGACGUUCCUGAAUACUUGCAGAACCGGAGCCAGAGCAGCUAUGCUAUCAGGAAAGAGUCCCAGUGAUCGCGGGGCAGGAAACUACAUUCCAGUUCCAACACCAUCUCUUUAUCCCUGAGCCAAGCCGACACGCCGAGGAAAAACCUUAGCUUCUCCGCCAUCAGUACCCCAGUAGGAAGUAGCACCAGGUUGGAGGAAGGCGACGUCAGGUCGGACGUCGGCCUGCACUCUACUCUGACGGACCGGGGUCACCUGAGACAGCGCACCUUCACCUCGACCAGUAGGACCGACGAUGGCAUCUGGGGCAGGACGUACCAGUCCGAACACAGAUCAUCGAACAUCAACGGCGACAUCGGCGCUUCCACGUCUCACGCCUCGCACGCCAACGGCUACAUCUGUAAAGACUGCAGCUUCCAUUGUGAAAAGAAUGACUCCAGCAGUACGCACUCGUCACCUAAACCCUCGACGUCGUCGCAUGAGGAAGCGAUCCACACGGAUCCUUUUUCUUACCGGUCGUCAUUUCACUCAAGGAUAUAUUCCCCAGACCAGAGUCAGAAGAGGCAGACUGGUGUCCUAACAUCUGUGUCAAAUACGUGUGCGCGCCUGAGCAAAAAAGUCCUGGCUCCUUUUGUGUCCAUCUUCACCGUGUUGACUAGCAGUGUUGUUUGGCUGCACACACGAACCAAGGGCAGCGUGAGCAUGCUAGAGAGAGGCUCGGCGACAGCCUCAGCGGGGGUCUUGACAUCAUGUAAGGACUCCCUGAAGCAAACGGCUUCGUCUAGUUUGUCUCAAAUGUGGUUACUGAAGCGCAAAAUGAUGGGCGACUCCCAAGUUCAAGCUCACUCCAGUUACUGUGGGAGCAUGAAUGUCAAAGACCUGGGGAAAGAAGACGCCUCGCAUCUCAAUUUGAACGGUUCCCUAUGUGAUGACUGUAAAGGGAAGCAGUACUCUGAGACCCAGGACGUUCUCUGCGCUCAGUCGUCCAGGUUUCGGCGACUGCUGGGGGCAAUGCGGAGCCUCCUGGCCUACACAGGUUACUGGCUCUUUGUGCCGGCUCAUUACGUGUCAAAAGGCGCUAAAGCUUUGGGUUCAGGUGCGGGGGCCUUGAUGAAGAUGGUCCUCUCGCUGCUGUGGACUGUUGUAGCGGUACCAGCAAAGGCAGGCCGGAGUCUCCUGUGGUUUAUCGCCAGUGGAUGGUACCGCCUUGUGUCCCUAAUGUCACUACUCAAUGUCUUCUUUCUGACACGAUGCCUCCCCAAACUCUGGAAGCUUCGCCUGCUUCUUCUGCUCCUUCUGCUGCUCUUGGCUUGGUGGCUGUGGGCUCCGUCCAGCGCUGUCCUGCUCGGCUACUUUCCGCCCGUGAACGUGACCCAGUGGCAUCCUUCCUUUAUCGCCACUUACCUGUCCAGCUGGUUGCCGGCGUCUGCUCCAGAUUCUUCCCCAGAUCGGACGUCGGUCCCCGUUUCACAGACACCGCCGCUACUUGUACAUAAUGUGGACUCUGAGCGCCUGGAGCGUCUGGAGCGCCAGCUAGCUCAGCUGUGGGAGCGAGUCCAGCAAAGCGACAAGAAUCAGGAGCGCCAUCAAGCAGACAUUUUGGCCCAGUACGCUAACCUGAAGGAGAAGCUCCACAGCGAGACAGACAAGGAGACCCUAGGACUGUGGGUGUCCUCCCUGCUGGAGCGGCGGCUGGACGUGUUGCGAGGAGAGCUGGAGCGAGGCCAAGAGCUCCGAGUGCAGAGCGAAGAGCAGCUGAAAACGCUUCAAGGGCGUCAAACGGCACGCUUGGAUGACUUGGAAUCUCAGCUCGGCAUUUUGGUUGCGAGGACCGAGGUGCAGCAGCUGCAGAAAUACAAUGUGGACAAAGAGAAAACGGAAGAGGCGGUCAUUGCUCCCGCCGUAGACGCACCGAUUCACAGCGAGGCCGUGAAGCAGGAGGAACACGAUGCCUUGGUGGCCGAGGUGCAAAGAUUGGAGUUGGACUUGGCCAAAAUCAGGGAGGACUUGAGCAGCGUCGUGGGAUGCAAGGGCAAGUGCGAGCAGCUGGACUCGCUGCAAGCGACGGUGUCCGCGCAAGUGUCCUCCCAAAUUCGGAAGGAGUUGCAGGCUCUGUUCUACGGCGAGGAGACGGAAGGCCAAGUUCCGGAGUCUCUGCUGGCGUGGCUGGCCCGGCAAUACGUGAGCGCGCCGGAUCUGCACGCGUCACUGGCCGACCUGGAGCGACGCAUCCUGAGCAGUGUUUCCCGCCAACUGGAACUGAGCCACGCCCAGACUCUCGGUCAAGCGGAAUCCAAGCUGGCGUCCGUCGUCGGAUCAGUACGGAGCGAUGCCGCCGCCGAAGGGCUGUCGGAAGAGCAAGUCAAAGUGAUCGUCCAGAAUGCGCUCAAGCUCUACUCCCAGGACAAGACCGGUUUAGUGGACUACGCGCUGGAGUCUGGAGGCGGCAGCAUCCUGAGCACUCGCUGCUCCGAGACGCACGAGACCAAGACGGCCCUGAUGAGUCUGUUCGGCCUCCCUCUCUGGUACUUCUCACAGUCGCCCCGAGUGGUCAUCCAGCCCGACGUGUAUCCGGGCAACUGCUGGGCCUUCAAAGGCUCGCAGGGUUACCUGGUGAUCCGGCUUUCCGUGAGAAUCCGGCCCACGUCCUUCUGCUUGGAGCACAUUCCCAAAGCCCUGUCCCCCACCGGCAACAUCAGCAGCGCCCCGCAGAACUUCACCGUCUUUGGUCUGGAUGACGAGUACCAAGAAGAAGGCCAGUUGCUGGGACGCUACAUUUACCGGGAAGACGGAGAAUCGCUGCAAACCUUCCCUGUUCAGGAGGUGACGGAGAAGAGCUUCCAGAUCGUGGAGGUGCGGGUGCUGUCCAACUGGGGCCAUCCCGACUACACCUGCUUGUAUCGCUUCCGAGUCCACGGAGAGCCUCGGCCUCAGUGA